AUGCGCAGAAGCACCUUCGGACAGCCCACGUUUGCAACUUUGCAUUCGUCUGCAGAUGUUAAAGUUUCACGCGAAGAGGCCAUUCGCAUGGAUUCAGAAGACACGCGGCAUCUCAUCGAGCAGCGAAAACUUGCUCUGAUCGUCGAUUUGGACCAGACCAUUAUACAUGUGACGGUUGAUCCGACAGUGAAAGAAUGGGCACAUGACCCAAAAAAUCCCAACUGGUGCAUGCUCAAAGAUGUUGUUGCGUUCCAGCUCGGUUCUGAUGGCAAGACGGUGUCGCAUCAGCCGGAGCGUAUGGAUCAACACGAUGUAAAGAGCUUCGCUACUGAUGGCGACGAAAAUGGUUGCUGGUACUACGUCAAGUUACGUCCUGGGCUUCAGGCCUUCCUUCAAUCUGUCUCACCCAUGUAUGAGAUGCACGUAUACACCAUGGGAACAAGGUCUUAUGCGGACUGCAUUUGUCGUAUCGUGGACCCUGACGGUCACCUGUUUGGAGCACGCAUCUUAUCGCGCGAUGAAAAUGGCAAUGAAGUGCAAAAGAGUCUCUCCCGUCUGUUUCCCAUAAGCACAGAUAUGGUUGUGGUCAUUGAUGACCGUGCAGAUGUGUGGUCAUGGAGCCCAAAUCUCAUCAAAGUCGAGCCUUACGAGUUUUUUGUGGGUAUUGGCGACAUCAACGCAGCACAUCUAGGUCCUACAAAGCCACUGGUUUCUUCUGGCAUGUCAGAUACAUCCAACACAUCAGCACAGGGAGAGACUCUCUUGACAGAUGAGCAGCAGCAGCGUGUCAUUGCUGAACAAUGUGAUAGCCGACCGCUUCAACGUGCUGCACAAGAGAAGCAUGAAAACAAAGUACAAGCAAUCAAAGAUAAGACACAGACGCAGGGUCAAGAGAAAGAUCAAAGCCGGGCCCAGAGCGAUGGAGACAGCCAAAAUAAGGAGAUGGGCCAUAGCCAGGAUCAAGAUCAAGACGACCUGGAAAGCGAGGUGAUCCAGCAAGACCUUGUGCUUACGGAUGACGAUACAGAGCUAGAGCUCAUUCAAACAGUACGUCUAAGACCUGCAUUGCUCACGCCCCUUGCAGUUGUUACUUGA